UCCCAUGCUCUGUCCUGUUGAUCGCAAUCGUCGACGAAUGUAUGUCGAAUGAUUACAAUAAAAUGAAAUAUGAUCGAAAGCGUUCAAAAAAUCGGUUGCUUCUAUCGUCGCAGCAAUUUUCUAUCGUUGUAAAAGGAUCUGCCCUGUUUUCGCUUGCGUUGGUGUUUUACCUGAAUUAUCGAUUCAUCUACUCGGUAUUCAAUGGCACUUUCGACCCUAGCAGCACUAAAAAUUCCAGCAGUAUUGAAGACAGCCCUAAAGAAAGGAAUUCGGAAUUUCUCUCACUGCCAGCAUUUCCAAACACAGAUCUGACGGUCCAAUCAUCUAAACAAGAAUGGGAAAGACAGUCCCAAAAACCAGCAAUUGGAUUCUAUCGCUAUUCUUCGAUUGCUACAAUWAACCUUCCAGCAUCAGAUCUYGAAGAUCUAAAAACAAGAAAUGCGGAGGYGCUUUAUCGAGGUGGCRWUGUAUCAGAAAUUAAUGAGGAGAUAGUAGUUCUAACGCGGAAGGGUCACAAGUUUAAUCCCGAGGACGGUAAUAGGACUCCAAACCAAGAUCGAGUACUAGUGGUGUCUAAACGAGAUGGUAGCUUUCGCGGUCGGAACAGUGGUGGUGAUGAUUGGUGGAUAGGAUUGUUCGACGGUCAUGGAUUUCAUGGCCACGCUGUGUCGCAAUACGUGAGUUCUGAAUUUAGCAGACGAAUUAACAAAGAGUGGGAAGAUGAAAAAGCUGCAGAUCCAUUAGGGGCACARAACAAGAAUAUAGAGACGGUAAAAGACAAUAUCCGAAAGACCUUUUUAGAUAUUAACAUUUCAAUUCCAAGCUUCAUAAGUACUUCUGGGUGCACCGGCAUAAGCGUGUUGAAAAGAGGUAAUUUGCUGUAUAUUUCAAAUGUUGGAGACUCGGUGGCGUUYGUGGCAAGUUAUAACAAAUCCAAAAGUACACCGGAGGUUAAAAUAAUUUAUUCUACAAGGCCUCAUAAACCAGAUACGCCUAGCGAAAGGARAAGGAUCGAAGGUUCUGGAGGUCGGGUUCAAGACGCUCCUUUCAAGGGUGCAAGUGCACGCCUGAUGAUCCCCGUUAAAGUAGGGUCACAAAUUUUUGAAAUUGGUUUGGCUAUGAGCCGAAGCCUCGGUGAUCACGAUGGCUUAAAGGUUGGCCUGAGCGCCGAGCCAGACACCGACGUUUUGGAUUUAGAAAAUUUUGACAAGAACAACGAGUUCAUUGUAGUGACUACCACUGAUGGCCUGGUUGAUUUCGGCAAGUUGUCGGAAGAAGAGGUGGCAAUGACCAUGGCCGAAGCGUUGUCAACAAAGCAAACCGAUUUAAUGAAUGAACAACACCGCAAACAACUACGUCAUCCUCCCGAAUCAUCCCCAGGUAUGGAAGCUGCGACACAAUUGAUUUUGAAAGCAUCUCAAUUAUGGGAUAGCGAACCAGGAGGCUAUCGGGAUGACAUUUCGAUCGCAGCUCGAAAAUUGAUAAUCUGAUAGUGUAUAUCUUGUAUUGUUUAUCGUCAUAAAAUCAAAUCAAGUGGACUGUCCAGCUAUUACAAAAAUUUAGCUGCCAACAACUACGAGACGACCGAUUCAAAAAUAUAAUUUCAAAUUCUCGACGGGCCUUCAAAAACAGAAUGAACAGGUAGCACGAAAAAAUGCUGUUUGAAUGCUCUUCGGCGAAAAAGAGGUGUGAAUGUAACAGUGAAUUGGAAGGARCUAGCGAAACUAAGUCGAAAUGAAACUUCAUGUUCAUAUGUAACAUUGAAGACAUGAUCUAGCUCUGUCGAAAGGCAAUACGAGUACAAUUCACCAACGAAAGACAUAAUUCAAUUAUCCUGACYACACCGGAGCGUUAAGGCACCUCUUAUUACAUAAC